AUGAUAGUAACUCGUAGUUCUCAUCCAAUUAUUUUAGCAUCGAACCAUGGUUUGAAAACAUUUGCUGUUAAACGUCCAUCGAAAAUCGUCGAUACUAUCGGAUGUGGUGAUGCGUUUGUUGGAGGAUUUUUAGCAUUUUGUUCUUUGAAUAGAUCGAUUGAUGACUGUAUAAAUGCUGCAUGUUAUUGUGCAUAUGAAUGUUUGUCGCAUACACAAUGUCAAUUUUCAAAAAAUCCUUUAUUUGAUCGGAUGCAACAAUUUUGUGAAAUAGAAUAUUCAUCUUGA